CUCCAUCAGGUUGCUCUGCUUUAUCUUCACUCCUUCUGUCAUGUCUGCUGCUUUAUUGUCCUCACCCUCCUCUAUCCAGGACAGAACCUUGGAGUUCCAACAGUGCGUCAACAACUUCAACAGAAUCAACAAGCAACAGAACCAUCCCCAGACCAUUGCCUCCAACAAGAACUACAAUAAGUCUGAGUUCUCUUCCAGAGCCUCUCAAAUAGCUAAGGACAUAGCUCACACCACUGAUCUUCUCGCCAAACUCGCUUUGAUCGCAAAGAAGAAAUCCUUCUUUGAUGAUCGACCCAUCGAAAUCGCUGAAUUGACCUACGUUAUCAAACAAGAUAUCUUCAAAAUUGAGAAAUCCUUGAAGAGCUUGCAACAGUUUAUAAAUAGUAGCAAUAAUCUAUCCAACGAGACCAUAAACAGAAACAACCCUCCGCUGUCUCAAAUUUCUCUAUAUUCAAAAAAUGUUUUAAACUUGUUGAAUUCAAAAUUCAAAAAUGUUAGUGGAGAAUUUAAAUCAGUUUUGGAAGUCAGACAACAAAACGAAAUUUCCUCCAAAAAUAAGAAAAAUCAAUUUUUGGGCCAUAUUAAUAACCAAAAUCUUUUAGGUCCAAAUAAUAAUAAUAAUAAUAAUAAUCAACCUCAAAUACAGAACCAAAAUCAAAAUCAAAAUCAAAUCCAGAAAAAUGGUAUAAUACAGAACCAAUCAAACAACAAUAAACCUUCAAUUGCUUCCUUACAGCUUGGUCAAAGUCUUAUAUCUGAAAAUCCCUUCUUAUCUUCAACCUUACAAGAUCAAGAAAAUUACAGUAAUUCUCAUAAUAAUGAUGACUUCUUGACUAUAAACGAUCAAUCUCAAACUUUGACUUUGCUUGAAGAACAAAAUUCCCAAUAUCUACAAGAAAGAAACAGAGCAGUUGAAACCAUAGAAUCAACCAUAAACGAAGUUGGUAAUUUAUUUCAACAAUUAGCUACAAUGGUUCAAGAACAAGGUGAAUCAAUUCAAAGAAUCGAUCAAAAUGUCGACGAUAUAUCUUUGAAUAUCCAAGGUGCUCACAGAGAACUACUUAAAUACUAUACUAGCAUUUCAAAUAACAAAUGGUUAGUUUUUAAAAUCUUUGCAAUAUUAAUUGUUUUCUUCUUGCUAUGGGUCUUAGUGUCCUAAUUAUUCAAACCUCGUAUUUUUCAUUCUCUUCAUUUGUUUUUUAUUUUUUUUCAUCUUUAUUUCCUUUACCGAUGUGCUUUUUCUGUUUUAUAUCACCUAUAUAUAUUUAUUUCUUAUUUUCAAUUCCU